UGAAACUAAGGACUAGAGUCUGUGUCUUUCUACAAAGUCCAGCUUUAAUUGCAACUAGACAUCUAAUAAUGAAUGAUUAGCAAUACUGUAUAAUAAUCCUACAUUUGUAUUUUAGCAUCUGAUUGUUCGCUCUGUGCUUGAUAUCCAGAUGACAAUGGUAGAGAACCUGCAAUAUUUCUUGAAGCAGUGAAACAUUCAUAUUCAGAAAGCUUCUUCCCCAAGACUGGGAUUGAGAAGAUCUAGACUCCUCAGCAAAUAAAUACUAGGGUUUUCAAGGGGGGAAAAUGACUAUUUGACUGCUUUGUGUUCUCCUUUUACCACCCACCAAGUUCUUCGAAUCCCUUUCUUUUUCAAGAGACUCUUCUAGAUCAGUCUAUGCCAGUGUACUUCAUGUCGAAGCUUCCCCAAACCGUGUAAAUAUCCUUCAGGAAGGAUUUAAAAAGUGAGGCUUUCGGACAGGUGGGAUACAUUCUUUUAACAAACUUCUGUCUUCUGGCCCAGGACCUGCAGCUGGGCUGCGCCACCUAUCGGGCAGAGAUUUCUUCUGUUCCCAACUUUUUCCCGUGUGACGUCACCUUCCGAAGCCAAUCAGCAGUUCUUCUCUGGGCUCUCCCCAAAUCCUCACCAAGUGAAUGGAGAUGAAGUGAAGAAGCUCCGAGACUGAGUCCAAAGAUUCCGAUCAAUCUGAGGUGGAAGUUCAGUUUCUGUUUGUAAACUCUUCGAGAUCAAGGUAACUGUCUCCUACUGCCUGGAAUUAUACUACCUGAUAUAAUAAUAGAAUCAAGUAUAAUGGUAAAUGCAUUUUAGACUCUAAGGAAGUACACAAAGGAUAUCUUUACAAUAUCAACUGCAACAUAGUUCUGUGAAAUGGACUUCAGGGACAGUAUUACAUCAAGACUUGAAUAUAUUUCUUCUGGAUUUUUCUACCAUCUACUUCCUAAUGUGGUGUUCAGUAAAUGGAACAACUUUCUUUUUAAAUGUUGUUGAUUGACAAAUGUCUUCAGAAGUAGGUGAAACUGUCAACCUCUGUCUCAUAUCUGAGCAUCAGUUACUUUCAUUCUUUUUUCACGUUGUAUCUCGUUUUUCAUCAUUCCUGUGAACCAGUUUUGCCAUCCUGUUCCUCUGAAAUAAACACAAGGGACCUAAAUAUAGAAACCAGUGAUUUUUGCUUGGAAGUAGGAUUACUGCCUGCCACUACCCAUCCAUCUUAAAGUCUAUCAUGCCUACAGCCCUUUGCCCCAGAGUUUUGGCCCCAAAGGAGCGAGAGGAACCCAUUAAAAUGAGGAACCCCCGAGGGCAGGACCCUACCCCACAGGUAGAACUUCCUGGUCCUGAAUCCUUCCGAAGGCUCUUUCGACGUUUCCGCUAUCAGGAAGCUGCUGGUCCCAGAGAGGCUCUAAGACGGCUUCGGGAACUCUGCUGGGGUUGGCUAAGGCCAGAACAACAUACCAAGGAGCAAAUUCUAGAGCUCCUGGUGUUGGAGCAGUUCCUGACCAUCUUACCUGGAAAGAUCCAGAACUGGGUGCGAGCCCAGGAACCAGAAAGCAGUGAGCAAGCAGUGGUUGUGGUGGAAGAUUUGGAGACAGAACCUGGGAGACCAUGGCAGUGGCUUCAGCUCUCUGAGGAUCCUGUGGUGAUUGAUGAUGGUGAUGGUUCCCCUGUCCUAGUUCGGGGGCCAGAACAGGAAAGAUUUUUGUCAGACACAGCAUCCCCUAUGGCAGCAUCAGAACCCUACAACACCCUGGCAAAGAGGCAUCCUUCAUCCCAAGAAGAAGGACUGCGGAAUCCAAACCCAAGAUCAGAGCAACUCAACAGGGGUACUGAUGAAGGGCCUCCAUUCACAAAAGAAUCAGGGAUGGCUCUCUGGGAGGAGGAGGGAUAUAUUGGGAAAAUACCUCCUGUUUCCCAAGUUCCUGUAUUUCCUGAGGAGGAGAAUUCUGAAGAACAGGAAAAAGUGACCUCACUCCAUCUGUCCCAAAACCAUGUGACACAGCUCAAGGAUGUGAUCCUGUGUUUCUCUGAGGAAGAGUGGUCUCUUCUGGACCCUGCUCAGACUGGCUUCUAUGGAGAAUUCAUCAUAGAGGAGGACUAUGGAGUCUCUCUCGCCAUGAGUCCCCAGCCAGUCCCAGAGAGAAUAAAUGAAUUGCCCAAGGUCAUGCAACUACCAGAUUCACCGGUAGAAGAGGAUGAGCCAUGUGUUCCGGAAUUCCAGAGUCCCCAGGAUAAAGAGAUCCCCAAAACUACUUGUACAGGGGAUAGCAACAUGAACAAGAAGGAGGUACCUCAACAAAAAAAUCUAGGAGAGGAAGUUUCUAUUGAAAUUGUAUUAUCCAGUUCUGGAGAUGAGGAUCCCAAACAGGGCCAGUCCUGCAGAGAUCUUCCAAGCUCCAAGAGGAGGAAGCGCAACCCUUCCCUUCUCCACAAGAAUAACAUGACUGACUUCAGAGAUGCUGUCCAUACUCAGGUUGAGACAGCAUCAAGGAAACCUUACACAUGCCCUGAGUGUGGGAAGAAUUUCCGCUGGAGGGCAAACUUCAUUAGGCAUCUCAAGAGUCGCAAAGAAGAGAAGAAAGUUCAUGAGUGUCCUGUCUGCCGGGAAACAUUCACUGAGAGUGAGGAACUCAGAGAACACCGAGAGACCCAUGAAACUAAGAAGCCCUAUGUAUGUGGUGAGUGUGGGAAAAGUUUCCGCCUUAGUUCCCAUCUUGUCUCCCAUAGCAGAAUGCAUUCCCAGGAAAAAGGGCCUGAUCUAAGCAAGAAAGAGCAGCAAGGGUCAUCAUCUUCAUCUAGUCCAUCAGAAGAAAUUACAACUCCUAGCAUCUUAUUUGGAGAGAAGAAGAAAGAGCAACCACAUAAGUGUUGUUUUUGUGAAAAAAUCUUUGAGCAACAUGACCAAUUGGUCCAGCACAGCAGCAUUCAUGCAAAAGAUAAGUCUUUUAAAUGUCGGUACUGUGUCAAAAGUUUCUUUAAUAAGCAUGAUCUCAUUCGACAUCAGCGAGUACAUAUGAAAAGACGCUCUAAGCAAGCCCUGAACUCAUACUAAUUUCCUUUUUACCCCAAUAUGCUGGGGAUGUUAGAGAAAAGCCUUAUGUUACUAGGUCACUGUGAUCUCACUGUUGUGACUUUGUUAAUAGUUGUUAUUGAAUUGUACCACUUUGUGUGCUGAGUCUCACAUCAACACAAAUGUAUUUCUUAUCUAUUCAUUCUUUCUCUCUUUCUCUCUCUCUCUCUCUCUCACUCACACACACACACACACACACACACACACACACCCAUAUGAUCAUUCCUUUACUCUGCAACAGUGCCCAUAUAGCAAUACAGUAUUUAAUAGGCAUUAAAAAAAAUGAGUAAUACAGUCAAUUAGCUUCUCCUCUUUCCCUCCAUUAAUGCCAAAUAAUUGUUCCUUUCUCUUAUCCUCUUCCCUCCUAUCACAUCCCCUGCAUUCUCAUCACACUGAUUUAGAAAUGAAAUCAAUCCAUUGCUUUAGUAUCUUAUAGAUAAAUUCAGAUAAACCUACAGGAGCAUUUCUUUCUUGCCCUGUGAACUUCUUUCUAGUUAGAAAGUGCAUUUCAUACCCAUACUUGAGUUUCCUAUAGUAAUCACAGCUAGAAGAAGGUCAGUAAAUAUAUGCUUUACUGACAGAACCAAUAUGAAGCUCAAGUCUCCUAAGCAAAGUGGAACAACUUGCACUAAACCCUACCAUCCUUUGAUGCUACUAUCUUCCUGUCCAAAGCAAGUCAAGCAAAUCCCCAUGCUAAGACACUAAACAGUAUCAGUUCCUUGCUGCUCUCUUCAUCCCCUUAUUCUUCGAUAUCAUCAAUGCAAAUGGUAAUUUGUCUUCCUCCCCAAUCCCCAGUAGUUAACAUACAUACAUAAAUUACCUAUAAGGAAAUUUUGAGUCCCGAGCCCAUUUUGUGGCUCUUCAAACCUAUUGUGUCUCAUGUGUGUUAUGUUUUUUAUCUUCUACUAGAUAUGUGCAUUCUAAAUUUCAUGUAACCAGACUACUUUAACUUAUAUUUCCAUCUGGAACACAUUUCUUCUAAUGCUCCACAUAUAUGAAGUAUUUUUUAUUUGUUUAUAUUUUGCUUUAAAAAGCCACAUUUUAAUUUGAGUAGAUCAAUUCUUUUCUCCCAUCCAAAAGUUAUAUUGAAGAGACAUAAAUAUGGCACUCACCUAUAAAGCAGAAUCUUCUGAGUAAACUUAUGAACUGGAGCUAAUGGUCCAAGUAUAAAUCAGGAAGCCGAGCAAAUUAUACCUGCUUAUAGCAUUCAAUGGUACAACUUGGUACGGCAUAAGCUUAGGAACAUUCAACUAUAUAUAUACAAGUAAUAAUUUGGAGCCUAAGACUCAACCCUCUAGGUACUUUGGGACCUUGAGCCAAGAUAUUCUUUUCCUAAGCCUACAUUUCUUUAGAGAGAAAAAUUCCAUCCAUACUUGAAUGACCAGUGAAGUAGUAGAUAAAACUCUUUUAAGGCAUGGGGAUGAGACUAAGCACAAAGGUGUUGCAUAUAUGGGUAUAUGUAAUUGUAUAUAGCUUAUUAAGCCACACCUAAAAUAAUUUUUAUGCUUUAGGAAUGUUGGAUGAUAUAUUAUUCUCAAGGGGUACUGCAAGGUUUGGAAGGUAGGAACAUGUUCUCUCCAUCCCCAUAUAAUUUUCAUAUAUACCUUAUAAUGCUGCAGGAGAGAUAUAAAUAUUUUGUAUUUAAGUGGAUUAUCAGUUUAUUUUUUUAAUCCAAAGAGAUUUCUUUUUGGCAAGUUUUAUUAGGUUUAAAAUAAAUACUAUUAAUUAAUGAAUAAAACCAGACAGCAUUAUCUUCAAUUAAGGUACAGUCCCCAGUUUAUUAAAAAACAAGACCUUAAGAUGAUUAGAAAAGUGAAAGCAGCAUGUCUUGGUUAUUGAAGGAACUAAGACACGAUAGAACCCAAAUAACUAAAUGCUUUCCAAGGUACUAUCUUAAGGAUAGAGGGACUAAAAAUCAUAUUACCUCAGUCUGAUUUUUUGAAGUGUUCCUGAUUACUUUUUUCUGGUGUUUUCCCACUUAUGCCCCUUGCUCUGGGUCAGAGAAUUCCUUUUUCCAACAGGGGAAUAUACUCUGGAGAAUAGGUCAAAGGUAAAUGAAAUAAGACUGAUUAUAGUAUUUUUCCAUACUUAGAAAAACAAAAGUAGCAGCACAAAGCAACUUUCCAUAUACUUUCCCAAUAUUUAUUGAAAGUUAAAAUUUACUGAUCUCCAAACUCCCAUUUUCUUCCAGGCUUUUAUUGUUCUUGGGAUUCUUAUACUGAGCUCCAUAGCCUCCAAGAAUCUUUAAAUAGUAUAAGCUUUAUUCCACUUCCAGGAAUUAGUCUCCCUAAUACUUCCCAAUUAGGAAGGAAAAAAAAUUGUCCCAAGGGACAGUUAAAGUGACUUUGUCAGUGGUGGCUUUGAUUUAUGCAAUGGGCAUAAGUGAAAACCUGACUUCUAAUAGUGAAAACAUGAUUUGUACUACACAUGUUAAGAAUUUCCUGAAUUGCUUUAUUUAUAAAAGUACAGGGAAAGGUUUACUCCAGGCUAAUGGGAAAUGCACUGGCUCUGGAAUACUGGUUUCAGUUUGGACUUUGGCUAAGUCACUUGCCUGUUUCAUUCUUUGUGUAUAUAGGCAUUCUUGCUUUAUCAACUGGGACAGUAUGAAGAUAUAAAUGAAAUUAUAGAUAUUAAAGUAUUUCAAUAAGUUAAACAUUAUUAUGCACAAUUUUUAGUAUGUUGAUGAAAAUUCAGAGAUUAAAUCCCCUCCAACACACAAUCUGCCUCAUCCCUAAUAAAGUUAUAAAUCUUUUUACCUCCCCUA